CACGCGAAGAAGAGAAGCAAAGCCAACAAACAAAGAAAGAAGGAGCAGAAUAAGGUGUCUCUCUCUUGGACUGAUUCCCUUCAAUCGCAUCUAUUUUCUCUCUCUUUCUCUCCUUCCAAACAACCCGUCUAUAUCUAUAUAUCAAAGAAAAGAAACAGGGGAAGGAAGGAAGAAAGAAAGAAAGAAAGAACUGAGCAUACGUAUAUCAAUCCCAAGGAAGAAAAACAAGAUUGAACCCAAGAUGAGAACGAGGUUCUCUUACGGUUAAUGCUGGAAGAGGAGACGGUGGAAGUGGUGAUGGGGCUGUCCUCUCAACGGAGUUGAUUCCAAGGCUUCUCGGCGUUAUUCUUCUUUCUCCAAUUAUUUACGUCUCAUUUAGGCUACUUUCGGGUACGUUAGCCUUAAUUGCUUCCCUUCACAUUGCUUCCAUAAAUUUUACAUUGUCUACAAUGGCGGUUCAAGCUCAAUACCCUUCUAAUGUCCUCCUCUUAAGCAGAAACGGGCAAGACGGACAUGAGUUUUCUUCUUCAUUGCAGCCACAACCUGGUGGGGGGUUUCUUGAUCAAUCCCACAUGUUAUUCAGCAAUGGAGGCAACAAUAAUCCACGCAAAAGAGGAAGAGAAGUGUCGGCGGCUAACACCACCGGAGUCGCUGCUCCGAUCAAUUCCUUCACUAUACAAACGCAACCCACUCAGCUAAUAGACCUUUCUCAGCUCCACAACCAUCAGCAGCACCAACCCCACCAACCCAAUGUCGUCUCCACCGGCCUCCGACUAUCGUUCGGCGGUGACCAACAGCAAUUACAGCAGACCCAAAACCAACAGUUUCAAUAUCAUCGACAAGAACAGCGGCAGCAACAGCAACAGCAACAGAGUCUUGUUCCCCAAUCGUCCGCUUUGCUUUCUCUAUUGUCGGAGGAUUUCGCCACCCAAAUCAAACGGCAGAGAGAAGAAUUGGACCAAUUCCUCCAAGCCCAGGGUGAGCAGCUACGGCGCACGUUAGCAGAAAAGAGGCAGCGGCACUACCGUGCCCUUCUGGGCGCAGCGGAGGAGUCUGUGGUCCGGCGAUUAAGAGAAAAACAGGCUGAAGUCGAAAAGGCAACCCGCCGGAACGCCGAGUUGGAGGCACGCGCGGCACAACUUAGCGUGGAGGCGCGGGUUUGGCAGGCAAAAGCAAGGGCGCAGGAAGCGACGGCCGCCACGCUGCAAGCCCAGCUCCAACAGGCUAUAAUGAGCGGCGGCCCGGCGCAGGAUAGCAGGAGAGCGGAUGAGGGGCUAAAAUGCGCCGGAGGAGGCGUGGAGGCCCAAGCGGAAGACGCCGAGUCUGCGUACGUGGACCCAGAGCGCGCCUCCGUGUCGGGGCCGGCAUGCAAGGGUUGCCGGACACGUGUGGCGUCGGUGGUGCUGCUGCCGUGCCGGCAUCUUUGCUUGUGUACAGAGUGUGAUCGAGUGGCACGAGCCUGCCCACUUUGCCUCACCGUCAGAAAUUCCAGCGUGGAAGUUUUUCUUUCUUAAAUUAAAAGUUAAAAAAUAAAAUAAAAUAAAAUAAUCUUUGUAGUAAAAUAAAAAUUACAUUUUUUCCCUUUUUGCAUUUUGGGGUCUGAUUAUUCUAGCAGUCCAAUCCAAGACCCUUAAUUUUUUUACUUUCCAUUUAGGUCCUCCUCCAUCUUGGAGUGAAAUUACCUAUUUGCCGCGUUGGUAGUGGCACUGUUU